AUGGAUGGGUUGGUGCGUAUCCAUCUUUGUGACUAUAAUAAUAAUUCCAUAAUUUCAAUAUUCCAAAUCUCUUCCUAUAUAUAUGUAUCAUUAAUCAAUGAUACAAAACACAAUCCAUCAAGAUUAACAAACAUAAAACAAAAUGAAGCCUCAUGUCGUGUGCAUUCCGUAUCCAGCACAGGGGCACAUCGCCCCUGUACUGAGAUUCGCCAAGAUCCUCCACUCAAGGGGAUUCUUCGUCACCUUCGUCAACACUGAGUUCAACCACAACCGCCUGGUCCGGGCCCGCGGGCCCGAAUCCGUGGCGGGCCUGGAGGGCUUCCAGUUCCGCACCAUCCCGGACGGCCUCCCCCCGUCCGACAAGGACGCCACCCAGGACAUCCCGCAGCUCUGCGACUCCCUGACGAGGAACGGUCUGGCGCCGUUCCUCGCCCUGGUCGACGACCUCAACGGGUCCCCCGGCUGCCCCGCAGUCAGCUGCAUCGUCUCCGACGGGGCGAUGAGCUUCACCCUCGACGCGGCCGAGCGGCUCGGGGUCCCGGAGGUCGUCUUCUUCACGACGAGCGCGUGCGGGUUCUUGGGAUACUGCAAUUACGCCGAGCUGGUGGCGCGUGGGCUGUUUCCGAUGAAGGAGGAGCAAUUGAGCAAUGGAUUUCUCGAUGAGGAGCUUGAUUGGGUGGAAGGGAUGAAGAAUAUAAGGCUGAGGGAUUUCCCCAGCUUUGUACGGACAACCGAUGCUAAAGAUAUCAUGGUGAAUUACAACAUUUUGCAGACAAAAAAUGCAAUUCGAGCUAAAGCGGUUGUUUUGAACACUUUUGAUGAUCUAGAGAGAGAUGUUCUCGAUGCGAUUAACGCGAAGUUCGAGUGUGUAUCGACGAUCGGGCCUCUGCAGCUCCUCGAGAAGGAGGUGGAGGCCGCGGAGGUCCGGGCGAUCGGGUCGAGUCUAUGGAAGGAGGACGACGGCUCGAUCGCGUGGCUGGACGGCCGGGCGCCGAGCUCGGUGCUCUACGUGAACUUCGGGAGCAUCACGGUGCUGUCGCCGGAGCAGAUGGCGGAGUUCGCGUGGGGCCUGGCGAAUAGCGGCCAGAGCUUCUUGUGGAUCAUCCGGCCGGAUUUGGUCUCCGGCGAGAACGCGGUGGUGCCGGAGGGGUACGUGGAGGAGGUGGCGGGGCGGGGGAAGAUGGUGGGGUGGUGCGCGCAGGAGCGGGUACUGGCGCACCCGGCGGUCGGGGGGUUUCUGACGCACUGUGGAUGGAACUCGACUCUGGAGGGGCUGUCGGAGGGCGUGCCGAUGAUCUGCUGGCCGUUUUUCGCGGAGCAGCAGACGAAUUGUAGGUAUGCAUGCACGGAUUGGGAGGUGGGGCUCGAGAUCGAGGGGGAGGUGACGAGAGAGAAAGUGGCGGAGCUAGUGAAGGUUUUGAUGGAGGGGGAGAAGGGGAAGGAGAUGAGGAAGAAGGCGUUGGAGUGGAAGCGAAAGGCGCACGCAGCUGCGGACGUUGGCGGCUCGUCUUACCGGAACUUGGACUUCUUGAUCAAUCAGAUUUUGCUCAAAAACUAGGUUUUUGAACAAAAAUUUACUAUUCAAAAUUGAAAGUUACAGUAUUAUUUAAGGUUGAAAUUAUUGUCAUUGCAUGUGAAUUUUGAUUGAUAUUAACGUUUGUGGUUUCUCGUGUUCAACAUUA